AUGGAAAAGGAAUUUGAGAUGAGCAUGAUAGGGGAAUUAACAUGCUUUUUGGGUUUACAGGUAAAACAGAUGGAAACAGGGUUGUUUCUAUCGCAGACCAAAUAUGCCCAAAACUUGGUCAAAAGGUUCGGUCUUGACUCUGCUAAGGAGGCUAAAACACCUCUUUCCACCACUGUAAAACUAUCAAAAGACUCCGACUCAAAACCUGUUGAAGGCAAACUCUAUCGAAGUAUGAUUGGGAGUCUACUGUACCUAAUAGUAAGCAGGCCUGAUAUAAUGUUCAAUGUAGGUUUGUGUGUACGCUUUCAAGCAAACCGAAGGGAAGCACAUUUAAAUGCAAUCAAAAGAAUCAUCAAAUAUGUUAAAGGGACUGUAAAUUAUAGACUAUGGUAUUCGCGUGACUCAGGGACUGAACUACUUGGAUACAGUGAUGCUGACUGGGCAGGAAAUCUGGAGGACAGAAAAAGUACAUCAGGAGGGUGUUUUUUCUUAGGCAAAAACCUUGUCUCAUGGUUCAGCAAGAAACAAAACUCCAUCUCAUUGUCCACUGCAGAAGCUGAAUACAUAGCUGCUGGGAGUUGCUGCACUCAACUCAUAUGGAUGAAACAGAUGUUGAACGAUUAUGGACUAAAGUUCAGUAGUGCUGUGUAA